AUGGCUGCGCUCACGUCGUCCCGCUCGCUAGUACGGCAUGCGCUGCCCAGGCUACAUCCUCGGGUGCUCCCCGCACGCCCGCACGUCCCACCAGCGCUUCUCGCCCGCCCCCUACAUCAUCCCUUCCCUUCGGCCCCGCUCUCGUCGACUGCCCGUCUCGCAUCCCAGGAAGAUGCGGACAGCUAUCCUGAUCAGUCAGAAAUGUUCGACGAAGCUCUCGCCCUGCACCAACUCGUACACGCCAAAGCGAUCACGGACAAGACCCCUCUCGUCUUGGGUGGAGCCGAACAUAUGGACCUGCCUGAACCGCGAACGAAGUUGGAGUUGAAGGAGGAGAUGGAGAUCGGCAGCGAGUCGAGCGGCAGGAGCUACAAGGUUGCGCAAUUCGCCCCGAAUGCGUACUCGUGCACUUGCUUGUCGUGGACGAUGAGCCGGGGUCGCGCAGUCGACGUUCGCUCGUGCAAGCACUUGCGCGAGAUCCUCGGAGACGAACACGAAGACGCUCGCUGCGGACCCGGAGUCGGCGUCAGCAAGGGCACCAGAUCGAGGAAGAAGGCUGUCAACCUCGACGAAGCGGAGUCGAGCGCUCCCUCGACGAGCAAGAAGAAGACUACGAAGGCAUCGACGAGCAAGAAGGCUGCGGCUUCGGCGAAGAAGGCGAGCGAGAACGAGGGCGAAGAGGCUGUCCCGGCGACGAAGAAGGCUAAGCGGGAGAGGGAGGGCGGAAGGGAGGUCUUGCUCGCGAAGAGCUUUGAUCUGGAAACGAAGAAGCAGGAUCCGACGGGCUGGUGGAUCAGUGAAAAGCUCGACGGCGUCCGCGCCUUCUGGGACGGCAAGGCUCUCUGGUCACGCGUGGGCUACCAGUUUGCCGCGCCCGACGACUUCCUUGCGAAGCUUCCGAAGGAACACGAACUCGACGGCGAGCUCUUCCUUGGCCGCAACAGGUUCGACGAGACGAGCGGGCUUGUACGACGGCUCAGUGGGGUCGAUUGGAGCCAGAUCAGGUUCAUGGUCUUCGACAUCCCUUCUCGCGGCGACGAGCCCUUCGAGAAGCGCCAAGAGUUCCUUCUCUCGCUCUUUCCUCCCGCAGACCCUUCGACAUUCUCCGCAUCCUCCGCCGCAGCCGUCAACCCGACGGCCGACGAGACGAGCGCGAGCGAGGUGGUCGAGAAGGUAGGGGACGGGAUCGUGCGUGUGCUUGUGCAGGAGAAGUGUGAGGGGUGGGAGCAUCUGAUGAAGAGGUUGGAGGAGGUCAAGAAUGUUGGCGGAGAAGGACUCAUGCUUCGCAAGCCGGGCUCGAAGUACGAGCCGAAGCGGUCGUCGACGCUGCUCAAGGUCAAGACGUUCUACGACGCCGAGGCGCUCGUCGUCGACCACGAGCCGGGCAAGGGCAAGUACGAGGGCAUGCUUGGCUCGCUCGUCUGCGUCAUGGAGGACCGCAAGACCCAGUUCAAGGUCGGAAGCGGUCUCAACGACGACAGGAGGGUCAAUCCGCCGCCCAUCGGGUCCAUCAUUACGUACCGCUUCCAGGAGUUGACGCAGCAGAACGUCCCGCGUUUUCCGACCUUUGUCGGCGAGCGCUUCGACGUCGCUGGACCCAAGGACGCCGUGAUUGCGCCGACGACGAACGGCAACUAG